AUGUCGCUCAUAUCUGCUCCUCUCCCCCUCUUCCCCCUUUGCGCCCCUCCCCGUUUCUCCUCUUACCAUCUUCUUGUGUCACUCACACACGUCACACACGACAUGCUCACACAUGUUCCCAUCUCCCCUCUCCUCCCUUUCCCUCUCCGCUCCUCUCCUCCCUUCCCUCUCUUUCCCCCUCCUUCCCUUCUGUGUCUUCGCCUCGCCGCCCCUCCCACUCAUCCCCUCUCCUUCCUUUCCCUCUCGUCUUUUCUCCUUCCUUCCAUCUGCCCAUUCUCUUUCCUCCUGCCUUACUCACUCCCGUCUGUUACCCACAUCAAUCCUGUUAAUCAUUCCAGUCACUUGCUUUCCUCACUGUCCCACUCCUCCCUUACCUCUCUCACACCCCCUCCCUCUCACACCUCUUCCGUCUACCACUACUGCAACUGCCGUGCAUCCCCGGGGGCGGGAGGGGGGCAGGAGGGGGAUGGGAUGGGGGAUGGGAGGGGGGCGGGAGGGUGGAUGGGAGGGGGAUGGGAGGGGGAUGGGAGGGGGAUGGGAGGGGGAUGGGAGAUUGAUGGGAGGGUGAUGGGAGGGGGAUGGGAGGGGGGAUGGGAGGGGGGAUGGGAGGGGGAUGGGAGGGGGAUGGGAGGGGGGAUGAGAGGGGGGGCGGGAGGGUGGAUGGGAGGGGGAUGGGAGGGGGGCGGGAGGGGGGAUGGGAGGGGGGCGGGAGGGGGAUGGGAGGGGGAUGGGAGGGGGAUGGGAGGGGGGAUGGGAGGGGGAUGGGAGGGGGGUGGGAGGCAGAUGGGAGGGGGAUGGGAGGGGGAUGGGAGGGGGGAUGGGAGGGGAUGGGUGGGGGGUGGGAGGGCGAUGGGAGGAGGGCGGGAGGGUGGAUGGGAGGGGGAUGGGAGGGGGAUGGGAGGGGGAUGGGAGGGGGGAUGGGAGGGGGAUGGGAGGGGGGUGGGAGGGGGGUGGGAAGGGGGUGGGAGGGGGAUGGGAGGGGGGUGGGAGGGGGAUGGGAGGGGGAUGGGAGGGGGAUGGGAGGGGGAUGGGAGGUUGAUGGGAGGGGGAUGGGAGGGGGGAUGGUAG